UUCACAUGUCUUGGACCCAUAUUUCGAAAGGUAAGCGAAUUGAAUCCCUUAUCUGGAAAGGUCAGCGAAUUUAAAUUCAUAUUCUGAAAUUUCUCGUUUGAGAGUCCUCUCUCUGAAAACUCUUGAAUACUCUCUCCAAGAAUCUAAUUUCCAAGAAUCAGGUGUGACAAAACGCCAAUGGAGGGCGUCGUAUCAGCUGUGGAUCAGCAGUGCUUGGUUUCCUCCUUUUUGGAGAUCGCCGUCGGCCAAACCGCUUACACUGCUCGCCAGUUCCUCCAGGCUACUAGCUGGAAGCUUGAGGAAGCUAUUCAACUUUAUUUUAUUGGAAAUGAAGGCAGGACAGGUCAACCUCCUGUGGGUUUUCCACCAUUGGGAAAUGAUUUGCCCCUACAUGAUUUAGAGAAGGAUUUGGGUGGUCCAGAUGUUAGACAAGAUGACACAGACGGUGUGCAGGCACCUUUACCUGUGAAAAGAGAUGUUCUUUAUGAUAGUCCAAUGCUUUAUAGAACACUAAGAACGGGAGAUUCAUCACAGGGAACUCAUUCUGUAGUUCCAUUCCGCGAUUUUCAGGAGGAAAUGAAGCGACCUGGAGUAUGGGAAGCGGAGCAAGGCUCAUCGUCUUCUGUUCCAGAUAAAAUUCAGGAUAAUCUUGCCUCUCUAUAUCGUCCUCCAUUUGCUAUAAUGUACCAUGGCCCCUUUGAAAAGGCUAAAGAUAAUGCAAGAGAUCAGAACAAAUGGCUCCUUGUCAACAUGCAGUCCACCAAGGAAUUUAGCUCCCAUAUGCUUAACCGUGACACUUGGGCAAAUGAAGCUGUUGCUCAGACAAUCAAGACAUACUUCGUCUUCUGGCAGGUAUACGACGAUACAGAAGAGGGGAGCAAAGUUUGUACUUACUACAAAUUAGACUCUAUUCCAGUCAUUAUGGUGGUUGAUCCCAUAACGGGUCAAAAAAUGCACUCUUGGCACGGAAUGAUUCAGCCACAAAACUUGCUGGAGGAUCUGUUACAAUUUAUGGAUGGCAGCCCCUCAGAUCUUCAUGUCAGUCACUCACAUAAACGACCCAGAGCAACCUUGAAGUCUCCUAUUUCACAUCCUCAAUUAACUACAGCUGCAGAUAACAGUAUUGAGAAUGAUGAGGACCUGCAGAGAGCUCUGGCUAUCUCUAUGGAUAAUCAGAAGACGAUUGAUGUAGGUCAACCCAAGAAAGUGGAUGAUCCCUCUGUUGAGGCGCAAGUGAAGAGGCCAACUUAUUUACCUUUGCCUGAAGAACCCAAAUGUGACAGGAGUCUGCUUUGUAAGGUUGGAGUGCGCCUCCCUGAUGGGCGCAGAAUCCAAAGGAAUUUUCUUCGUACCGAUCCAGUUCAGCUGCUAUGGUCAUUCUGUUCCUUUGAGCUGAAGGAAGAUGGUAACCGGCCAUUUUGCCUGAGCCAAGCUAUUCCUGGUGCAUCAAGAAGAUUGGAUUUUGAUGUUAGUUCAACAUUUGAGGAAUCGGGUCUUGCCAACUCAAUGAUUUCGGUUACUUGGAAAUGAAGACCAGGAGGAUGAGAUACGUAGGGGGUCCAAAACCUGCAUUGGAGAUGGGGUGGAAGGAAAUCAGUCAAGGCUAUUUAUGCAUCCCGCCUACAGUUUCAGUUUAACUAUGAAUCUGCAAAUUUGUCGCUUUGCGGUGGUUGCCUUUUUCUUCCCAAUUUAAUUGAGUUUGUUUAUGUUCUUUUUUACUUCUUUUAAUCCCAAGCCCCUCUCUCUAUUCACUACGAGAUGUAAGAAAUUGUCCAACAUAAGAAACCAAUAAUCAUUCAAAGACCAGAUAUCUUCACCAA